AUGCCUCAGUAUGCAUUCUUAGGAGCUGUGGUGGCUCUAUGCGAUAAGAAGGAAACAGGCAGAACUAGACGCGGGCAACGGCCAGCCAGGGUCGAGGCUUCCAUCAAGCAAGAGUCGCCGGAAAGUGACGCACCGUCGGAACUAGAUUUCGAGCCAGAUCUCUUCCCGCUUCUUAUGGAGGUCACGCAGUGUCCAGGCUGCAUUGGUGACGAGCAGCUGUCAGUUGAGGCGCGAAAAUCUAAAUGGUGCCGUCCGCCGGUACUUAACGACCACUUUGACGGCGAGCACUUGGCUCGCCGAGAGAUUGCUGCGAAACGUGAUGAGGCAAUUUUGUGUGGCCAUCCGAAAUGCAAGCAGGAGGCAGGCGGAGCGCCGUGA